CCGGGGACCGGUUUCUUUCUCUCCUCACCUCCCAGCUCCUCCAGGUCUGCCUUUAAAAGACAGACAGUUCUGCGCUACUGCAGAAAACACCACCAGCGUCCCUAGGAGACCGGACGAAGUGCGCAUUAGGAGUUUUCUUCUGGCCGAGAGGGGGAGCCCCGCGAUCCCAGCCCCAGCGACUGGAAGUCCCUACCCAGCCCGGGCCUUCGCCAGCGCCAGUUCAGGCUUCGGCAGAUUAGGAGGAGGGAGGGGACCGGAGCGCGGCGGUCCCGGGCCCAGCGCGGUGUAGACGUGCACAAAGUUUCCUUGUCCGCCACGGACGCGCGUUCGCGGGCCCAGGUCCCCGGAGAGCCCGUGUCUGUCUCAGCCAAGCGGCCGCAUCCCUCUGCGGAGCCACGGAUACUGAGUGUUCCUGAGCUGAACGGUUGGGAGGAUCCACAUCAUGAACCGUGCUUUCAGCAGGAAGAAAGACAAAACAUGGAUGCAUACGCCUGAAGCUUUAUCAAAACAUUACAUUCCCUAUAAUGCAAAGUUUCUUGGCAGUACAGAAGUGGAGCAACCAAAGGGAACAGAAGUCGUGAGAGACGCUGUGAGGAAGCUGAAGUUUGCAAGACAUAUCAAGAAAUCUGAAGGCCAGAAGAUUCCUAAAGUUGAACUGCAAAUAUCAAUUUAUGGAGUAAAAAUUCUUGAACCCAAAACAAAGGAAGUCCAACACAACUGCCAGCUUCACAGGAUCUCAUUUUGUGCAGAUGAUAAAACAGACAAGAGGAUAUUCACUUUCAUAUGCAAAGAUUCCGAGUCAAAUAAACAUUUGUGUUAUGUAUUUGACAGUGAAAAGUGUGCUGAAGAAAUAACAUUAACAAUUGGCCAAGCUUUUGACCUGGCAUACAGGAAAUUUCUAGAAUCUGGAGGAAAAGAUGUGGAAACAAGAAAACAGAUUGCUGGAAUGCAGAAAAGAAGCAGCAGAGGCAGCAGAUGCUGGAUCCAAGAUUUAGAAACAGAAAAUAUGGAACUUAAAAAUAAAGUACAAGAUUUAGAAAACCGGUUGAGAAUAACUCAUGUGUCAUCCUCUCCAGCCGGCAGUGUAACAGGGAAGUCUCCUUCCACUGACAUCUUUGAUAUGGUUCCAUUCUCCCCAAUAUCACAACCGUCUCCAACACCUACUCGAAAUGGCACACAGAUCCCACCAGUACCUAGCAGAUCUGCUGAGAUCAAACGGGACCUUUUUGGAGCUGAACCUUUCGACCCAUUUAACUGUGGAGCAGGGGACUUCCCUCCAGAUAUUCAGUCCAAAUUGGAUGAGAUGCAGCGCCAGAGAUGGAGGGGUUCAAAAUGGGACUAACUCUUGAAGGCACAGUGUUUUGUCUCGACCCGUUAGAUAGCAGGUGCUGACGUCAAGAAUGAGUGAUCCUGACUUAUGUUUAAUUUGUUUCUAUACAUAUAUCUCAUUCAUUAUUUUAAGGCAGUUACUAUAUCCAUGCCAAUAUAUUUUUGAAUAUUUAAAUGUUUUUAAAUCUAUGGAAGAAAAAACCUCCUCACUUUCACUGUUGAUUUAUCUUUUAUUUUGAGCAGAACUAAGUGUAAUGGAUAUUGGACUUUUAUGUUCUCCUCUGUGUUAUGGGUGAAUUUAUAAUUGAAAGAUAAGUUUUCUGAUGAUAUGCCUUGUGUUCUAAAUAAUUAUCAUCUUGAAAUUUAUGCUCAUUCUCCAGGACAUUAGUUCAGUAUCCUAGUCCCAAAGCCAUACCUUGAUAUCUUUCAGAUUUCUUAAGAGAGACCACUAUCAAAGUACACAUGUUCUAUUUUGAUAUCAAUAAACAAGUGACCAGUGUGUGUAAAAUGUUCAUCUCAUUAUGAAAAUCUAAAAUUUAGCUAUUAUGCUACCAGCUUACUAAAUUCUACCUGGUAAAAUAAGAAUAUAAGUUCCAAUAGUAAUUAUAUAAAAUAUAUUUAGAAUAUUAGUAAAUAUGAAAAAAUAACAUCAGUCAUUUAAGCUGUAUUCUAAAAAUGUUUAAUUUGUCUCAAAAAUAUCAGUUGUGGAAAAAUUGCUUCCCUGAAAAAUUAAAAUUUUAUUUUUAGUGUGUUGUCAUAUUAGUAUAUCAUUGGGCCAUCUUCUGCUUUGUAUUUUAAGAAAUGGAGUUUAUGCUUUCUACAAAUGUAAUGCAUAUUGUCUAUUUUUAUUUUACCAAUAUUUUUCAGAUAUCCUGUGAUGUGGCAUUUUUCUGACCAACCUUAUGUCUCAAUGCCACACUAGUCUUCAUACUUUAAAAUUUGAGAGGUGUUCUAUUUAAAUUUAAGAAUAUUUAACAAUUUUAAUUUUCACUUGCUCUGUUAAAGUCAGAAUCUAUUUCUCACAAAAAAUUCUCAUCAGCUUCAUCUUAAAUAUGAGCGAUAAAAUUCUUUAUUACUCAUUCUGAUAUGCUGAUGAAACCUGACCUUUGAAAACAUAUGCUUCCAAUAUAUUUGCCCAUAAUGUAAAAUACUAACAGUGAUAGUGCAGAAAAAAAAAAAAAGUGGUCAAAUUUUUAAUUUGGUUUAUCACAAUAUAAGGAAAAAAAGUAAUGAAAAUCUAGGCUUAGUUGUGGGAAAUUUAUCAAAACUAAGUAGAUUUUUCUCAUGGAGUUUUAUGCAGGUGUUAAAGGUAUCUUUUCAUUAGGAACAGAAAUCAAAUGUGCUUAUGCAAUUUUAUAUUUGUACCAUCAUGCUCUAUGGGUAUAGAUGAGUCUUUCUGUUUAUGUUCUGUUAUACCUACCUGCUAAGUUAAACCUUAAUUAGUGGGUAGUAUGUGUUACAUCAGGCAGUCUUUGCUGUUCUAUUUGUCAGAUAGUAUUUUGGAAUUUGUAUAAUGAGGCUGUUUAGAAGCCAUCUAAAUGGCUUUUUUUUUUAACAGAUAGAGUUUGUAUUUUUAUUGUACUUUAAAAAGCUUUAUGUACUAGGUAUAUAUUUAGCAAACAUUUAAUAUCAAUUGUAACACAAUAGAAUACUAAGAUGAUAUUUGCACAUUUACGAUAUGUUACCAAUUUUUAAUGGUGAUCUGUUCUGCUACUGGCAUGAUCAAAUAGUAAUAAUUGGUCAUUAAUAUGAACAAUUACUUCACCAGUGAAUUUUUAUGAAAACAUGAUUGGAAAUUGUAUUUCUAUGUAAACUCAAUGAUAUGUUUGAUUUUGCUGAGAAUAAAAGAUUUUA